AGCCCUUGAUGCUAUUGGUGUUCCCUAAUAGUGAAGGAUGCAGGAUUCUUUGCAGAUAAACACGGGAAACUUCUUGUUGGAAGUGCAGGUGGAAGGCAGGCCCGGCUGGCUCCUGGCAUGUCACGAGCGGUGGAAUCUCUCCCUGGAGACUCUGAUCUGUAGGCAGCUGGGAUACCUCCAACUCGCCCGCCACAAAGGAGUGAACCUGACAGAUGUCAAGGUGAAUGAUACGCAAGAGUUGGUUCAGAUUGUGCCCAACCAGAAGAGCAGCAUUGAAGACGUGUGGCAGGUCAGGAGCAGCUGUGCUUCAGGGCGAAUUGUGGCUCUGAAGUGUUCCGAGUGCGGCCUGCGCUCCAGGGCAGCCCGGAUCGUGGGGGGAAGAGACGCCCCGUUGGGACGCUGGCCGUGGCAGGUCAGCCUGUACCUCAACUCCAGACACGUGUGCGGAGGCUCCGUGGUGGCGCACGACUGGAUUGUCACGGCCGCUCACUGCGUGCACAAUUACAGGCGGACACAGGUCUCCAGCUGGCUGGUCUUUGCCAGGAUUAUCGCCCACGUGUCAGUCCCACAGCAGGCCCGUGCGGUGAUGGAGAAAAUCAUCUACCACCCCCACUAUGACGACAGGAGUCAUGACUAUGACAUCGCACUGAUGAAACUCACAGCGCCCUUGAACUUCUCCGUGAGAAAUUGACAGGAAAGUUUGUCUAGAAGGUCACACAGUAACUCAGAUGCAUUUCCCAGCAAGAUCCCCCAGAGAUCUCAUCUCCUCCAGGCAAGACAAAAGGAAGCAAACAUUCAGGUCACUGCCCCUUCCUGCAAAGAAGACAGAGUGAGAAAUUGACAGGAAAGUAAAGUUGGUCUGGAAGGUCACAUGUGAGAAAUUGACAGGAAAGUACAGUUGGUCUAGAAGGUCACACAGUAGGUCAGAUCCAUUUCACCCACCAACUCCCCCAGGGGAGCCAAUCCCCUCCCAGCCAGAGGAAAGGAAGCCAACAUCCAGGUCACUGCAAAGAGCACAGGGCAAAGUCUGCAACAUGAUUAACAAGAAGUAUAACGAAUUCCUCCCAAGCAUGCAGAGCGCUGAUGACUUGGAGUCACAAGUGGACAGUCUGUCCGGCAACAUCGGCCUACUGAAAUCCAGGAUCGAAAAUGAGGUGACACGGCAGCGGUUUCACUUUAUCUGUAUCUAGCAGCUUUCAUCCUGCAUCAUCCCAAAGCAGUACAACCUCACUGAUGUGCAGCCAUGAGCAUGCUGCACAGGAAGGCAGGGGAGGAGGAUCUUGGCUAAGGAUUCCAGGAUGAAUCACCACCUCUUAUAAAGAGUGCCCUUGACUGAAACAUACCAAUGUAUGAUGUAGCAGACCUGGGAUAUAAAUAAAGGGCGGGCUGUAGCUGAAUGGUUUUCUGUGCUGCUCAUCACAGUAGUUUCAGAGCCUCUCGUGUAUAUUAAUGCAUUUAUCUUCUAAGCCUCUCUGCAUUCAGAUAGGGAGGAAUCAUUCUUAUUUUGCUGAUGAGGAAACUGAGGCACAAAGCAGUGGAAUGACCUUGGCCAAGGUCACACGGAGAUUCUGUGCAGAGCUGGGAACCGAGCCCAGAUUUUCUGUAUAUUGAUUGGAAGACUGUCCUUCCUGUGGCCCGCUUAUAUUUUUUGUGCCCAUCGUCCUUUCUAUACCCCUGGACUAAUUCUUUUAGCUGUUCUCUGCCUUGCCACUCUGGCUUUGAAAUGUAAGUUAGAAAGGCUCUAAUGCAGGUGAGAUAUUACAUCUGGAUUUUUUCUUCGCAGAGGAGGAUGAUCAACUCAAAAAUCGUACACUGUGAAAAUACCUUUUACAUCUGAUUCCAGUUAUGCUAUGUUAAAAGUGAAAGAAUCUUAAAUAUCCAUUUUACUUGUCUCUGUUUAUUUGUUGCUGUGUAUUCAUGUUUCUCGGUGUAUACAAUAACAAUCAGUGACAUCAGUUACACUUGUCUGUAGUCAAUUUCAGCUUUGGGUUCCUAGUGCUGCAGUAUUUAAGGAACAAACAAUGCAGGAGAUUGUUUGUUUAUUUAACAGUUUGGGGAUCUUUUUUUAAAAAAGGGAGAAACAUCUCUUGAUCUUGCAUGCCUAUGGAAGCUUUUAAAAUGUAUACCGGUAGUUAAACUGUACUUUUCAAAUUGACAUUUAUCUAAUUUAAAAUUAGAAAACUGUUAAAGGGACUCUGGAAUUUUUUUACUGGAAUCAUUUUUUUUUUAAAGAUCUGCAAUUUAAUAUCGCCCUGUUCUAUUUUUUUUCAAAAAUUACCAUACAAUAAUGCUUUUUUUUUUAACGAGUUUUUCUUCUCCUCUGCUGUUUAACAGGGACUUUCUAGUGAGGUUAAAAAGUCUGACCAUACAGAGAAAGUGAAUAUAUAUAAAUUUCUGUCUACUGCAUUGGGUAAAUACAUUGGGGAAAUAGAACCUCUAUUCCUUCUAAUUUCUUUCAGUUAUAAUAACCGUAGGUGUUGUUUGUAACUUUGGGAGGUACGUACGUUUCAGGCAGCACGCUGGUGUUGUCAUGUCGGUGUUACUUUUGAAAUAGAAAUGGCUCUCAUAGCCUUUGGUUACUGUAAAUGAACUGCUGUAGCCUUGCUGUCUGUGCUGCUGUUCUAGGUCUAGCAAGAUCUGAAUGUGGCUAUUGCUGAAUUUACUGAAUUGAAGCAGCAGCUGGAGUGAGACUCGUUAGUUCUCAGUGUGCCGAAAAAGCUGCAAGAGGUGAGGAAGGAGGCUGGGAAAAUGACUUAAGAUCACAAAGUGUUUCUGUAUUUUUUUUUCCACUGACUUCUUCCUGGGUCUCCAUCGUGAAUAAAUGAUCAUGACUCUUC